AAAAGACUGGCAAAAGUGAAAAGAGAAAGGGAAAUCAUAAAACUCUCCUUGUUCUACCUGCAUUCUCCCUCAUUUCAAUAACCGCGAAAAUGGACCUUCGUGAAUCGAUCAGAAAUCAUGUAGAAGUUUCUUUCAAGCUAGCGAAGCAUGUCUUCUCUACCGAAAUCACCGAAAUCAAAGGAGAUUCCAACCUUGUUUUCUCUCCUCUCUCAGUCAACGUCGUCUUGGGCCUGAUUGCCGCCGGCUCGAAAGGCCCGACGCUCGACCAGCUGCUCGCUUUCCUGAACUCCAAGUCCACCGAAGAUCUCAACGCCUUUUCGUCUCAGAUCGUCUCCGUCAUCUUCGCCGACGGAAGUUCUGUAGGUGGCCCUCUAUUGUCGGUGGCAAACGGUGCGUGGAUCGAGCAGACUCUUCCCUUGAAGGAUUCCUUUAAGCAUGUCGUGAACACUGUUUAUAAGGCCGUUUCUGAAUCGGUUGACUUCCAGCACAGGGCAAUUGAAGUGGCUAAUCAAGUUAAUUCCUGGGUUGAGAAGGAAACGGGUGGACUUAUCAAAGAGAUACUCCCCGCCGGUGCAGUUGACAAUACAACACGGCUCAUUUUAGCAAAUGCGUUGUACUUUAAAGGAGCCUGGGCGGAAAAAUUCAAUGCAUCAGAGACAAAAGACCGGGAGUUCCACCUCCUUAAUGGCAGCACCAUACAAGUCCCCUUCAUGAGCAGUAAGAAGAAACAGUACCUGAAAGCCUUCAAUGGUUUCAAAGUUUUGGGAUUACCCUACAAACAAGGUGAGGAUAAGCGUCGUUUCUCCAUGUACUUCUUCUUGCCUGAUGCCAAGGAUGGACUGCCAUCUCUGAUGGAUAAGAUCACCUCUGAACCCAGACUUUUAGAGCACCACCUUCCCAACCAUCCAGUUGAAGUAGGGGAGUUUCUUAUCCCGAAAUUCAAAAUAUCUUUCGGAUUGGAGACUUCAAAGGCUCUCAAGGAGCUAGGGGUGGUCUUGCCUUUCACCGGAGGGGGUCUCACUGAAAUGGUUGACUCCCCUACCGUGGGAGGUAACCUUUGUGUUUCACAAAUUUUCCAUAAGUCUUUUAUAGAGGUUAAUGAGGAAGGCACAGAAGCUGCAGCGGCUACGGCAGCUACGGUGAUGCUUCGGUGCUUGUUGGUGGAAGACAAAGUGGAUUUUGUGGCUGACCAUCCCUUUCUCUUUUUUAUCCGAGAGGAUUUGACUGGAGUCAUUGUCUUCAUCGGGACGGUGAUUAAUCCUCUUUCUGAUUAAACAAACUACUCAUGUCUGAUGGAUGUAUCUUGGUUAUUUCUUUAAUGUACGAACAGUGCUAUGUUUCUAUCUUCUGGCUGAAUCGAAUAUAUAUGUAGUUGAGUGCUAAUUUCUUGCUCAAGCUUGUCCAGCGCAAUAAUUCAUCUUUGUUUUGUUUUCUCUCUUCGAUUGUGCAAUGUGCAAGAAAUCUAAUAUCAAA